ACUGUAAAAUAUUAUAAGUGAAACAGUGGGAGUGUAAAAACAGUGAAAGUUCGUUUUGUUAAGAAUAAAACUUAUUAAAAACAAGUUUUUACAUAUUGCAUUGUUGUUGUUAUAAAUUCAUAAAAGCUUCUCUUUUUGUUAAGUGUUUAUUUAGUUAUGAUCGUCCAAUAAAUAUUUUCUAAAUGACAAUAAAAACAAAAAAUCUUCAGUUUAGUGAAAAAAUUGUGGGAAACGGAAGUAUUGCAGCAAAUUGCAAAGUUAUUUUUGCCGAACUAUUAUUUUACGUAGUAUUUAUAAAAUAACAUUGAUUAAUUUAAAAUUACAAUACUUAUAUCAUUAACGAAAUUAAGAUAAACGCAGUAAUAACAGUUUUGCAUUAAAGUACAAAAAGUAUGAGUAGCUAAAAAGUGAUAUUUCUUUGUUUUAAAAUAAAUUAAAAGUAUUGUAAAUAAAUGCAUACACAACCAAACAUCUUUUGUUAAAUAGUAAUAGCAAUUAUAAAGGCCAUGGCAAGUGAUGAAGAAAGGCUUUACGAUCCCAUAGAGGCAAAUGAAGAGAAUGAUUCAACACAAAAUAUUGAUGCCGCUUCUACCUCCCCGACUACAACAAACUCCAAUAAUAAUGAGGAAGAAGCUGCCUCACAGGCAAAUGGAGUAAAACAUCGUUGGUUUAUUUUGGAGCCGGCGGUUUUCCUGGUCUUUUUAUCCAUGUAUUUAUCCUCCACCGUUUAUCAAAACCAAUUAUUGUAUCAGACAUGUAUUUAUAUUAAACACUACAACGACACCGUAUGCCAACCGCUUUUAGGUGUUCAACCUGAGUCUGAAGAGGUUCGACGCAUUGAAAUUGAAGUGCAACCGUAUGUUGCUAAAAUCCUAAUGGCUCGUUCAUUGUUGGAAAGUAUUAUUCCAGCCAUUGUGAGUUUAUUUAUAGGACCCUGGUCAGAUAAGUUCGGACGCAGACCAAUUGUUUUGACCACAUUCACCGGCUAUUUGACGGGUUCAGUUAUUUUAACAACUUUAACAUAUAUAUCAACUAAAACUGCUGUUAGCCCAUGGGUAUUCUUGUUAUGUUCUGUACCCUCUGUGCUAAGUGGGGGCACAUGUGCAUUAAUAACUGGUAUAUAUUGUUACAUAUCUGAUGUCGCAAAAGAAAAAAACAGGGCUUUGAGAAUGGUUUUAAAUGAGGCUUCCCUAUGUGCUGGUAUGAUGGUGGGAAACGUUGCUAGUGGAUAUUUGUAUGCAGCCACCGACGCAGUAACAGUGUUUAUCAUAUCGUCGUCUCUAAUGUUAUUAGCUUUACUUUAUGUCAUUGUAUUUGUAGUGGAAAGUUUGAAGCCUGAACAAAUACAUGCUGGUUCUAAAGUACGAGAGUUCUUCCGCUUUGAUUUGGUAAAAGAUUUAAUACAAACUUGCUUAAAGAGAAGGCCCAAUUAUGAUCGUAUUAUUAUUUGGUUAACUAUGAUGGCGUUAACAGUAGCUAUAUUCACCAUGGAGGGCGAUUCUAAUGUGACUUAUUUAUUCGUUCGCAAACAGUUCGAAUGGACAUUAAAAGAUUUCAGUAUAUUUAAUGCGGCUCGAAUAGUUGUACAAAUUAUUGGCAGUAUUCUUGGCAUGUUUAUUUUAAGAAGGAUAUUCAAAUUUUCAAUUGUAUCGAUGACUAUGAUUUCUUUGGCAAGUUGUGUUCUCGAAAGUACGGUAAGAGCUACUGCAAUAUAUUGGUGGCAAUUAUAUUUAGGUUUAUGCUUCGGUUUUAUGCGAGGUAUAAUGGGACCAAUGUCUAGAGCAAUAUUAUCACAUGUAGCGCCUUCUACGGAAGUUGGUAAAAUAUUUGCUUUGACAACAUCAAUGGAGUCGUUAUCACCACUAAUAGCAGCUCCUUUAUAUACACUAGUAUAUAAUGCAACAUUAGUUUACUAUCCAGGCUUAUUUAAUUUUAUUAGUGCUGGCUUAUAUCUGUUAUGUUUUACUUUCAUAUCAACAAUUUAUGGAAUACAGAAAUCUAUGGGACAAAACGCUACAUAUCAAGCGAUAGGUAGUUAAUUAUUAUAAACUAGAUAAUUUUUAUACAUAUAUAAAUAUUGAAUAUUAGCAUAAUUUUGUGAUCUUUAAGAAUAAUGAGUGAUAUCAAAUACAUUUGAUAAUAAAUCAUAUAAAUAACAAACGCACAAAGUAGGAUACUUACAAUUACACCUACAUAUUUUAAAUGUACGGAAAAUAUUUAAUUCUUGUUUUUUUAUGACGCGUUAAAAUGUAUAACUGUAAUUAAUGUUUGUUAUUGAAAAAUGUUUAAAUAAAUAUACAAUUGGUAAUUUG